GAGGUGUUAGUUCCGCGCGCGAUUUCCAUCAAGUAGGAUGUUAUAUUAUCGAAUUUAAUUAAAAGUGGUACUUUUUUUUUUCCCGCCAAACAACCACACUUUGUUUUCGAAUUAUUUUUUUGCAUUUUAUUAUUCGACAUUAUCAACAAUUCGAGCAAAAAAAAGAAAAAAAAAUUGUUUAGUGAAAACUUGGACAAUUGUGCCCAAAAAAAAUUUGAUAUUUUAUUUAAAUUCUUUUUUUCAUUUUGAAAAUAAUCAACGGGAGAGAGAAAAAUUGCAUUUUCUUCGAAAUGUCCAGGGAUAAUUAUGAGGAAGCUGAAUCGACGUAACGAUCCACGACAGGAUGGGCAAUCGGCAGUUGAAGCUGGUGGUCCUGUUCACCAUACUCAUCCACGCCUAUGGACGAGGUAUUGUGCUGGACAGCCAGGGACCUGUCCUGGUAUCAGAGCCACGUCCGGUGAUCGAAUUUUCAAAUGACACUGGAACAAUGAUUCACUGCUUGGCACAGGGUAGUCCAACACCCCGCGUCGAUUGGGUGAUGAGCGACGGUUCACAAGUUUUGCCAAUAUCUCGUAUACGUGAAAUGCUAGUGAAUGGAUCCAUGUAUUUCUUGCCAUUUGGCGCUGAGAGUUAUCGUCACGACGUUCAUUCGGCUGUCUACAGAUGCCAAGCUUCCAACAGUGUCGGCAAGGUGCUGGGUCGUGAAGUCAGCGUGAAAGCUGUGGUGCGUCAAAAGUACGAGGUACAAGUACGAGAUGCGUACGUUUUCUCGGGAAAUACAGGUGUACUCAGAUGUGAAAUUCCAGCUUUUGUCAAGGAGUACAUUGCAGUAACAUCAUGGGUUCAAGACUCUGUUUUCAACAUCUACCCCUCUCAUGAGAGUGAUGGAAAAUAUCACAUGUUACCAACUGGAGAACUACUUGUUUUCACUGUAACAUCAGCGGAUGCGCAUUUCAGUUACCGAUGUCGUACUGUUCAUCGUGUCACUGGGGAUACAGUGGAAAGUUCCUCAUACGCUCGCCUCGUACUUGCCGAACAUCGAAAUUCUGUGCCACCACGAUUCAACGAACGCGUAAGCCCAGCUCCAAUUCGCACUGGUGAAACAAUCGUCUUGUCCUGCAUCUCACAAGGAAUACCACCGCCAAUGUACCUCUGGUUUCGCGAAUCCAUUUCUGGCACUGAGAUGAUCGUCAAUUCCGAGAGAAUUCAUUCUCGUGCUGGUGUUCUUGUUUUGCAAUCCGCCCGAGUCGAUGACGCUGGACGCUAUGUUUGUCAUGCCAACAAUACUGCCGGCUCCGAAAGUGUCGAACUUGAAGUCUCAAUUAUCAGCAGUCUUUCAAUACGAUUACAACCCCAACAGGUGACAGUUGACUUGGGAAAAGAUGCUGAAUUUCAGUGUUCAUUUACGGGUCAACCAACGCCAAUGAUAACAUGGGCAAAAGAUGGUUCACCAUUGAGAGAGGGAAAUUCUGGUAGAGCCAAAAUUAUGGGUAGCAAUGGAACAAUUUUACACAUAUCUGCCAUAACACGCGACGAUAAAGGAAUGUAUCAAUGUUUUGCAAAAAAUGAUUAUUCAAUGGUACAAGCAACUGCUGAACUUCGACUUGGCGAUGCAUUGCCUCAACUAGUGUAUAAAUUUAUUGAACAAACUAUACAGCCAGGACCUCCAGUAUCUCUCAAGUGCAUCGCCACUGGAAAUCCUACGCCACAUUUUACUUGGUCAUUAGAUGGGUUUCCUCUUCCUCAAAACGACAGGUUUAUGAUAGGACAAUAUGUCACGGUACAUGGGGACGUUAUAUCUCACGUAAACAUAAGUGGCGUUCGCGUUGAAGAUGGAGGUGAAUACAGGUGUACUGCAGACAAUAGAGUAGCUAAGGUGCAUCAUGGGGCACGUCUAAACAUUUAUGGAGCACCAUUUGUACGGCCAAUGGGUAAUUAUGCCGCUGUCGCUGGCGAAACGACCGUCAUCAAAUGUCCUGUGGCUGGAUUUCCCAUUUCCUCCAUUACAUGGGAAAAAGACGGCCAAGUUCUUCCGACUAGUCGGCGGCAGCAAGUUUCACGUAAUGGUACUUUGGUCCUUCAAAAUGUGGACAGCAGCACCGAUCAAGGCGAAUACAAGUGUACCGCCAAAAAUAAACAAGGACGAUCAAGUUCAAAAACUGUACAAAUUGACGUUAAAGUUCCGCCCAAGAUUGCCGAAUUUAGUUUUAACAAGGACCUUCAGGAAGGUGUUCGCUCACAGGUGACAUGCAUGAUAGAGAAGGGUGAUCCGCCAUUCACGAUUUUGUGGUCGAAGGACGGUGAAUCAAUCUCUAAUUCUAAUUUCGGUCCCUCUGGGAUGUUGCCCAAUUCGAAAGUGGGUCAAAAUACUGGUUUAAGAGUCACCAGCAUCGAUGCUCAUUCCAGUACAAUUGUUAUUGAACGAGUCACAGCUGCUCACACAGGAAACUAUACAUGUGUGGCUCGCAAUUCAGUGGCAGAGGUUUUUAGGACUGCCGAAUUAAUCGUUCGUGUUCCACCGAGAUGGGUGAUGGAACCUCAGGAUGUUCAUGCACCUGAAGGUAUGUCACGAUUGACAUUACACUGUCACGCUGAUGGAUUUCCACCACCAACUGUAACAUGGCGAAGGGGUGCUGGAAAGGGACCGGGAAAUUAUCACGAUAUUUUGAAUCAUGAACAUACUCAAGAUCUCAGUAUGCAUUCAAAUGGCUCUUUAGUUUUUGGAAGAGUACAAGAGGGACAUGAAGGUUAUUAUCUUUGCGAGGCUGUUAAUGGAAUUGGAGCUGGUUUAAGCAAAUUGGUUCAUCUCACCGUCAACGCACCGGCGCAUUUUAAAGAGAAGCACAAGAAUCAGACGGCACGCUUUGGGUCAAAUGCUUCAUUGAGAUGCGACGCGAAGGGUGAUCAUCCUCUAAAAAUUGUCUGGAGAAAAGCUGGAUCACUCCUUGAUCCUGCUGUCUCGGAUUAUCGUUAUACGGUAAAAGAGCUCAACACCACGGACGGUGCAGUGAGCAUUCUUGAACUUAUCGGCACAACACGAGAAGAUAGCGGUCGAUAUUUUUGCAUGGCAUCAAAUGCUUAUGGCCGUGACGAAAUGACGAUGCAUCUUUACAUUCAAGAGCCACCUGACUUUCCGAAAAAUUUACGGGUUACCGAAAAAGGCAGUAGAUUCAUUAAACUUGGAUGGACCACCAGCCAAGAUGGCAAUAGUCCAAUCACUAAGUACAUCAUUGAAUAUAAAAUUGAGACUGAUGUAUGGCAUGAUCAUACUUUUCACACAAACGUUCCUGGAAAUGAAGCUCAAGGACAUAUAAAUGGUUUACGACCAGCGGUUACUUAUCAGUUUAGAGUCUUUGCGGAAAAUGAUCUUGGAAGGAGUCAAGCUAGUGAUGUAAUGGAUGCAACGACAGAAGGAGAAAAACCUGGAGGUCCUGCCAGGAACCUAAAAGUAGAUCCUGUUAGUUCAACAGAAGUAAAAGUUACGUGGGAUCCUCCUGAUCAUGAUUUAUGGAAUGGUGAAAUAUUGGGCUAUCAUGUAGGAUUUAAAGAAUACAGAUUAUCAGCAGAGCAAUAUAAAUACAGAACAGUGGAGGGUCGAAUAUCAUCAGCAAGUCUAGCAUUGGGCUUAGCUAGAACUUCAAUGCCCAGCCGAUCGUGUCACUUGCCGGGACUUAAAAAAUUCACUCGAUACAGUAUUGUAGUUCAAGCUUUCAAUGCACUCGGUCAAGGACCAUUGUCACCGGAAGUUGUUGCAACAACACUUGAAGAUGUUCCAAGUAGCCCACCUCAGGAUAUACGAUGUACCGCUCUCUCAUCACAAUCAUUACAAGUAUCAUGGGAAUCGCCGCCCGAUUCGAGUUUAAAUGGAAUUUUAAAGGGCUAUAAAGUAAUAUGGGAGAAUAUGGAUAUUCUAACAGAAACAACAAGAUUGGAAACAAAAUUAACAACAGCAUUAACAGUGGUGAUAAAUAAUUUAGAGAAACAUGCAAAUUAUUCUGUACAAAUAUCGGGUUACACAAGAGCAGGCGAUGGUGUUGCAUCGAGUCCUAUUUUUUGUGUAACGGAAGAAGAUUUACCAGAAGUGCCUGCGGGCAUUAAAGCUGUUGCUAGUUCAAGCAAUUCGAUCAUAGUAUCUUGGCAACCACCGCUAAGGAGCAAUGGUGUUAUUACAUCUUACAGCGUUCAUGUUCAUGGACCGGAAGGAAAGUGGUUGCGUCGAGCUUUACCAUCACAUCAAACGAGCUAUCAGGCUGACAAUCUCACCAAGAGAAUUCAAUAUGAGUGUAGUAUAGCUGCUACAACUUCAGUUGGAGAGGGGCCGAGAACACCAUCCGUUACUGUUUCACCUUCCAGUGAAGUUCGAGCUGCUGUUUUCUCAUUUGGAACAACUUUAGUGGUGCCUUGGAAGCAGGACGUAACAUUACCAUGUCAGAGUGUUGGAAAACCGGAACCAUCAAUAAUCUGGAAACAGUGGGGUGAGAUGGUGAAACCUUCAGCAAGAAUCUCAAUGCAACCUGAUGGGUCAUUACAGAUAACGGAUCUUCAUCGUGAAGAUAGCGGAAAUUACACCUGUCUUGUUGAAAAUCGACAUGGUUCUGAUCAAAUCACACAUCGUUUAACCGUCCAAGUUCCACCAGCUGCACCACUUUUACACGCUACAAGCUCAACGAGUAAUUCCAUUAAUGUACAAUGGAAAAAUGGAGACGAUGGUGGUGCACCAAUACGUGGCUAUAUUCUUCAUUAUAAACGUGAAUUCGGUGAAUGGGAGGAAGUUCGAGUAUCGCAUAAAAUAAAUAGUCAUCUUUUAUCCCAACUUUGGUGUGGUACGGAUUAUCAAAUUUAUCUUACGGCUUACAAUAGAAUUGGUAUGGGUUCACCAAGUGAAAUUGUUAAAUCAACGACUGAAGGUUCUAAGCCAGCAGAUUCACCUGCCAGUGGCGAUAGAUUUAUAACCGUUAAUGUUUCAUGGAUUAUUCUUCAUUUACAUAUGUGGAACGAUGGUGGUUGUCCAAUAACAUUUUUUGAACUCGAGUACAAAAGAAGUGGCGAAGAACUUUGGACACUUGUUUCUAAUAAUAUUGACGUACAAAAGACUUAUACUCUUAGUGAAUUACAAUCAGGUACAAGUUACGAAGUUCGAGUUAGAGCUCAUAAUAAUGCGGGUUCAUCAGUUGCUGAAUAUAAAAUAACAACACUACAACCUCACAGUAGUUCAACUGUACCUGCAAUCGAAAUUGAUCAUUUUAUUCCACAGCAUCCACCAGUUUAUUCUGAUAUGAAACUUAUUUUACCAUUAGUUUUAAGUUCAUUUGCAGUUAUUGCUGCUGCUGGAGCUGUAUUUUAUUGCUUCAGAAAACUAUUGUUUGCAAGUAAUAUUUGUAAUUCAGGGCCUUUGAUGGGUGAUUUGGGAAGUCUUCAUGAUGCGCAAACAGCAGCUGCCUUAGAUAAUAAACAAAAUAUGGAGCAACGUGAACAAUAUUAUGCGACUGUACGAAAACCCCUUCGAUCACCAAUUCAUGAAAUGGGUACUCUUGAAAGGAUACCAGGUGAAAAGUACUCGGAAGAUAUUUAUCCAUAUGCAACAUUUCAAUUGAAAGAAAGUGUACCUGCAGGUGGCGACAGUCGAUGUGACUCUGCUGCCCCUCUACAAACAUUUGUCUAUCACGAUCCUCGGUUAUCAGCUGCUGAUACACUACAGUUACGCGAGUCGGAUUGCAACCGGUACACUAAGGUGCGCGGAGGUCGUUCAUCCUCUGCACCAUUGCAUAAAUCGCACAAGACCCAUCAGGGAAAGUCCGAGUCGGAGGAAUACGACACCCUGGGCUCGGACAGCGACACGGAAGUCGGGACCAGCAGCCGAACUGAGUCUUCCAAUCACCUCGUCGAUUCGCAUCUUUCGACCUCCGUAGCUGCGGCUGACGCGCGUGUUCACAACUUCCUGUACCAUGGACCAGAAUCUAGCACGUCUACAGAACCCUCACCGGUUUUUGAGAGAAAAUCGUUUCCUGGAAGGGGACGACCCAAGAUGUUACAGUUGGCGCGUUAUACCGGCGAGGAGGCCCGGUCAAUCUUCGGGCUCCACGGGUCUGGCCAUUCCCGGCACCAGUCGGGCUCUGUCUUCCGGGAGCACCAGCAGCAGGAGCGCGACGGACCGGGACACUUGUUCAUCCCCAAAUUGGAUCCACCCUCGGGUUUCUCCGACCCGCAUGAAUUAAGUGAAGCCGAAUGCGAUUUAGAUCGGGGACGAGGUCAACGAAAUCUUCGUGACUUUAUUAUCGCGGUGUAAAUAUUUAAACAAAACAAAUAAAUAAAUAAUUGUAAGCGUGUAUUAUCAUGAAUUUUCAUCAAUGAAUUUUAUCAUUUCGAAUUACAUCGAUAAAUAAAUGCAGGAUAAAAUUAAAGACUCAAAGCUGCCACUUAUAAUAAUAAUAAUUAUAAUAAUAAUAAAAAAAAACAACGUUCCAAACAACUCGGUCAUCAUCAAUAUGUUGUAUACUUGUGUGUACUUGGAGAAAAAAAAAAAAAAAGAAUUUCGGAUAAUCGCGCGCCAAAAAGUUGUCUUGUUGAUAUAUCGUAUACUUUAUAAUAUAUAUGUACAUUGUUUAAUACGAGAUUCGUACACUUAUGUUUCAAACAAUUUUAGAGAUUGUUUAUAUUCUAUUUACUUUGUAAAAUAUACAAGAAAAAAAAAAUAUGAAUUGCGGUUUGGAUAUA